UUACUUAUCCUGCAUGUGCUGAAGGGGCCUUACUGAAGGCGACAGUUUAAGAAUGAAGGUUUAAGAAUUUGACCAUCUGAGUGGUUAAUCAGUUCUAAACAGUAUGAAAUAGGGAACCAGAUUGAUGCAAGUUUGUAGGUUUCACUUCCUUUACUGGAAAAAAACCCCUUAUAAACACUUAUCUCAGAAAGAACAAUACCAUUCUAUUCUCCUCUCAACAGUCAUCAUGGGCAACUGGGUAGAGAAUGAGGGACUUUCCAUAUUUGUAAUUUUUGUGUGGCUGGCUUUAAACGUCUUCCUCUUCACUUGGUAUUACUUUGUUUAUGACCUUGGUGAAAAUUUCUACUAUACAAGAGAACUCCUUGGGCCUUUCUUGGCAUUGGCUCGUGCACCUGCAGCGUGUCUGAAUUUCAACUGUAUGCUGAUUCUGCUUCCAGUCUGUAGAAAUCUGCUUUCCUUCCUGAGAGGAUCCAGUGCAUGUUGCUCAGUGCGAGUCAGAAGACAGUUGGACAGAAACCUCACAUUUCACAAACUGGUGGCUUGGAUGAUUGCGCUCCAUACUACAAUCCACACAAUUGCACAUUUAUUUAAUGUAGAAAAGUCUGUGAAUGCACGUAAUGAAAAAGAAACCACCAUCCAGUCUGUGCUGUCUCAUUUGGGAGACAUGGAAAAUGAAACAUACCUAAAUUUUGCUCGCAAGAAACUCCCGAACCCUGAAGGUGGCCUCUAUGUAGCAUUCACAACCUUGGCAGGUCUCACUGGUGUUAUCAUUACCCUGUGUCUAAUAUUAAUUAUCACAUCAUCUACUAAAACCAUUCGAAGGUCGUACUUUGAAGUGUUUUGGUUUACCCAUCAUCUUUUUGUUAUUUUUUUUGCUGGUCUUGUCAUACAUGGAGCUGGACAAAUUGUACGUGGACAAAUACAAGCUAGCUUGGAUCAACAUAAACCCAGAAUCUGUGUCAAGAAGUUCACACAGUGGGGGGAAAUACCUGAGUGUCCUAUACCACAGUUUUCUGGAAAUCCUCCAAUGACAUGGAAAUGGGUAGUGGGUCCAAUGAUUCUGUACCUUUGUGAGAGGCUGGUGAGGUUUUGGCGGUCACAACAAAAAGUUGUCAUUACAAAGGUUGUCAUUCACCCCUUCAAAACCAUUGAGCUCCAGAUGAAGAAGAAGGGCUUCAAGAUGGAAGUUGGACAGUAUAUUUUUGUCAAAUGUCCUGCUGUGUCCAUGUUGGAAUGGCACCCUUUCACACUGACUUCUGCCCCUGAAGAGGAUUACUUCAGUAUUCAUAUCCGUAUUGUAGGGGACUGGACAGAAGGCUUGUUUAAUGUUUGUGGAUGUGACAAACAAGAAUUCCAGGAUGCCUGGAAGUUGCCAAAGAUAGCUGUAGAUGGUCCCUUUGGCACUGCUAGUGAAGAUGUCUUCAGUUACGAAACAGUGAUGUUGGUUGGAGCUGGCAUUGGAGUCACCCCAUUUGCAUCUGUCCUCAAGUCUGUAUGGUACAAAUAUUGCAAUGAUGCCACUAACCUAAGACUCAAAAAGAUCUAUUUCUAUUGGCUCUGCAGAGACACCCAUGCCUUUGAAUGGUUUGCUGACCUCUUGCAAUCAUUGGAGACUCAAAUGCAGGAUAGAAACGAAGCCUCAUUUCUCAGCUACAAUAUCUAUCUUACAGGGUGGGAUGAAUCUCAGGCUACUCACUUUACAGUGCAUCAUGAUCAAGAGAAAGAUGUGAUCACUGGUUUGAAACAGAAAACCUUGUAUGGGAGACCAAAUUGGGAAAAUGAGUUCAAAAUGGUUGCACGUCAGCAUCCCAGUUCAAGGAUAGGAGUUUUCCUAUGUGGACCUGAAGCCUUGGCUACAACCUUGAACAAGAUGAGUAUUAGCAAUUCAGAAGCUGACCCCCGUGGAGUACAUUUCAUAUUCAACAAAGAAAAUUUUUGAACAUUCUUCUCCCCAGAUUUAAAAUAAAUAAAUAAAAUGGCUGGGUUUCAAUACUGAAUAUUAGUACAACAAAUUACCAUUUCACUAGAAUCUUGCCCCAGUGUAAUUUAAAAAUUGUGUGUUCUGCUUAUGUUAGCUUUUGCAUUGUGAUUUAGCAAAUAUCCUAUUCUCUGGUUUUAAACUUAUGGGGCUUUCCUCAGUCUUGUUAAUUUUACCAGCUCUUGAAAAAUGGGGGUGAUAAGCAGCAGAUACAAAGGCCUGUGAAAAAGAUGGUGGAUUAAUAAAGUAAAAUGUUGCAGCUAUUAAUAAGUAACCAAAACAUUACUUCCAUGCAGGAAGGAUAAAGUAGUAAAAAUUAAAAAGCCAUCCCUAAAUAUGUAGCACUGUGAAGAAAAUAGUAGACAGCCAACUAUACAAGUGGGGUGUUGUGUGGUUUCUGGGCUGUAUGGCCGGGUUCUAGUAGCAUUUUCUCCUGACAUUUCAUCUGCAUCUGUGGUUGGCAGAUGCAGGUGAAACAUCAGGAGAAGAUGCUACUAGAACAUGGCCAUACAGCCAAGAAACCACACAACACUCCAGUGAUUCGGUUGUGAAAGCCUUUGACAAUACAACUAAACAAGUGCUUUUCUUCACAGGUAGUGCUAAAAGGUUGAAAGUAAUUUUAUAUCACUUACAUGUAUGGGUUCUCACUAGAUUUAAAAGCCUAUUAAAAUUAAUUUCAAAGUGCAUGUCUGUCUUUCGCAUAUGUAUACUGCAGUGCUAUAAGUGGCACAUAUGGAAUUUGAGUAGUGGGAUUUGGGGAAUUGCUUUCAAUAUUGUGUUAGUUAAAAUGAAUUUUUUCUUGUUCUUGGAAGAAAAGGAGAGGAAAGUACAGGACAGAUCACUUAGCUGAACAGUGAGGUUUUUAAAAAAAGUAUGUUUGUUUCUUUAAAAAGGUAAGGGAGGGGGACAUGGGAAAAGCUCAAAAUCCAGAAACUAAAUAGUGUUUAAAAAAGAAAAAAAAGACAUGCAUAAAGUAGAGACAAAAAUAUAGGAUUAUAUCCCUUUGACCAAGAAAUGCAAUAUGUGCUGCUUCUACUAAAAUAAAUUCACAGUUUUAUAAGCUUUAUUCUGAAUUGUACAGUAAUGGCAAAUAAUUUUCAGGAAAAGCUAGGAAACAUUUUCUCUUAUCUUGAUCUUCCAUGUUUAUAUAUUAAUCAGAAACUGAUUCUUGCCAAACCUUUGCACACUGAUGAAAUAAAGGCAGUGUUAAUGGAUAUGAAUAAUGGCAAAUCUCCAUGAACAGCUUGGUUGCCUAUUGAAAGGUAUAAAAUCUUUUCAGGUUUCUUCAUUUCCAAACUCAUUGUAUAAUGAGAUUUUAAAGUUUGGUUUAUAUCACUUUGAUCCCAAAACCUGGCAAAGAGCAUACUCAAAAUGUGCACAUUUUCGUCCUUUUGCUUUGAUGCUGUUAACUUCUGUUCCUGCUAACAGACUUCACAAGGUCAUCACAGCUUUGGUAUACUACACGAUUACCAAGUAUGGUUUAUUACAAGGUAGGCAAAGUUCUGAUAAUCAUAGGUUGGACACUGAUUGCUUUAAAUAGUAGAUCAGAUCAAGUUACUGUUCUCUCACUUGAUGCCAAAAUAGCUUCUGACAAAAUAUACUGGAAAUUUUUCUUCGUUACACUGACUAAACUUGGUUUUCCUCACAAAUUUUUGAAGUGGAUUAGAAUUCUUUAUUUGUCUUUAAGAUCCAGAGUGGAUAUUAAUGGCAUAUCUUCUGUAUCAUUUUCUCUUGAGAGAGAUACUAGACAUGGUUGCUGUCUUUUUUCUCUUAUUUUUGAUGUAUGCCUGGAACCUUUUUGUGUGCUAUUA